AUGACGGUGGUCGCAGAACCAAAGAGUGCCGGCCUGAGGCGCGAAAUGGGCCUCAUGUCGGCGAUUAACGUGAUCAUCAGCGUUAUGAUCGGGUCUGGCAUCUUCGUGUCUCCAACGGCCGCGCUACGGUACUCCGGCAGUGUCGGCUUCUGUCUGGUCGUGUGGACCGUUUGCGGUGGAAUCUCGCUCCUGGGUGCGCUUUGCUUCGCCGAGCUCGGCACGGUUGUGCCACGGUCCGGCGCAGAGUACGCUUAUCUUAUCGAGGCAUUUAAGAACUCGCACUCCUACUGGGGUCCACUGCCAUCGUUCAUAUGCGCCUGGGUAUAUGUCAUGAUACUGCGUCCGGCGGAAAUCGCCGUCAUCAUUUUAACGUUUGCCGAAUAUUCGAUACUGCCCUUCCGCCAUCUGCUCGGACUGGAGGAGAUGCCGGCGGAAGAUCUCCAGCUGCUAAUCAAGCUGAUAGGGAUCUUAGGAUUAGGUAUUAUCACCUACAUUAAUCUUAGCAGCGUGAAGCUGUACGUCACCAUCAACAACGUGUUCGGAUUUUGCAAGGUGUUCGCCUGCCUGGUGGUCAUCUUCGGUGGCAUCUAUCAACUCGCGAUUGGCAAUACGGAAAAUCUGGCCGGCGGAUUUCAGGGAACGAACACCAGCCCAGGCCAUAUUGCGCUUGCGUUCUACAACGGGCUUUGGGCGUACGAUGGCUGGUCGAGCGUUACGACCAUCACGGAGGAGAUCAAGAAACCGGAGGUAAACAUUCCACGCUCGAUCAUGAUCGCCGUCCCGAUCAUCACCGGACUGUACGUGUUCAUGAACCUGGCCUACAUGACCGUCCUCUCGAUGGGCGAGAUGAUUGCCUCGGAGGCGGUUGGUAUCGAUUUCGGCGAUCGUGCGCUCGGUUCGUUUUCCUUCCUGAUUCCGCUAGGUGUCGCUCUCGCCACGUUCGGCUGCGCGCUCAGCAUUCAGUUUGGCGUUACGCGGCUCUGCUACGUUGCGAGCCAGGAGGGCCAGAUGCUGGAGCCACUGUCAUACAUUCACGUGCGGCGCUCAACACCGGCACCGGCGGUCGCGAUGCAGGGGGUGCUGGCGCUUGCCUUCAUACUGGUCGGCAACAUUGAAACGCUGAUCGAGUUUGCCUCGUUCCUGAUCUGGUUCUUCUACGGUGCGGCCGUAGUGGCGCUACUGGCCCUUCGCCGAACCCAGCCCAACGUACACCGGCCGUACAAGGUGCCGCUGAUCGUGCCAUACAUUACGCUGGCCGUGUCCGUCUUCCUGUCGAUUGUGCCAGUUAUCAGUGAUCCUUCGCCGAAAUACCUCUUCGCCGUGGCGUUCAUCUUGAGCGGAGUGUUAGUCUACACGCCGUUUGUGUACUACAAAGUACGACCUCGAUGGAUCAAUAAGUUAACCUUUAUCAUUCAAGUGCUCUUCGAAGUGGUUCCAUCGUCCAGUAAAUUAGAUUAA